AAAUUUUCAAAAAAAUCAUAAAAAACAAAUGUAAUAAUAAUAAUUAUUAUUAGUUACUUAAUAUUAAAACUAAUUAUAAUAUCAUUCAAACGCCACCUUGUUUGGGACCCUCAUUUUCCAUUAUUCCCAACCUCCUCCUGCCGCCGAUGGCCACCAUGGAACGCCGGAAAACGCUGACCAUGAACUGGGACGGCCUCGGCGACGACGAAGACGACGAGCUCUUUUUCGAGACCUAUAACCGUCUCUCCUGCGCCGUCCCCGUUGACUUAGCCUCUUCCUCCGACGAAGAUGAGGAUUUUGAGGACGGCCGCCUCUCCUUCGCCUCCGCCGUUUCCUCCAUUCAACCCAAGAAACACCGAACUUCAGCGGCGGAGGAGAUUCUCAGACAACAAGCCUCCGCCGCCGCCGCCGCCCCCAACUACGAUAUAUGGAUGGCCGCCCCGGGAUCCAUCACGGAGCGGAGAAAAAGACUGCUAGGCAGCAUGGGUCUCGACGAAAACAGAGAGCUCCUUAAAGCCACCAGCGCCGCCAUCGGACGCGCCAUGACGAAGAAAUUUGAAAUGCAACAAGAACCUCCUCCUCCUUCCGCCUCAUCCAAACCACCCAAAACAGACGCCGCCUCCGCCGCUUCCAGCUCCCCUGUUUCAGCAGAGCACAAAAAAACAGAGCAAACCCCUGUUUCACUCGUCCUUGUCCGGUCACGCUCCGAGGGUGACAUAGACUCAUUCUCCACGGCGAAACAAAGGAAAGAGGAGAUGAUAGGAAAAGGUUCAAAGCAGAGGCUCACCAGAACCGCCUCUGAAAUAGCCAUGCCGCGCGUCGUCCGGCGCGCGGAUGGAAACAGAGUAGUGGCGAAGGACGCCUCCGCCGUGGAACCGCACCGGAAAAUGUCUCCGGCGGUGGUGACGGAUUCCGGGGUGGGAGCGUUCUUCUUGAUAAAGAAUCUUGACACCGGGAAAGAGUUCAUUGUGAAUGAAUACCGUGAGGAUGGGAUGUGGAACAGGCUGAGCGAUUUGCAGACGGGGAAGCAGCUAACAAUGGAGGAAUUUGAGAAAACAGUGGGACAUUCUUCGGUGGUGAAUGAGCUCAUGCGCCGCGCCAAUGUGGCGAGGAGCGACGGUUACGGGAAGAAGCUCACUUCGAAUUCUCACAUUUUGAGGAGCUUGAGGCUGAGCAAGAGGAGAGGGGCAUCGUUGCUGAAGAACAUUAAGGGCGUCGCGAGCGGGUUCGUCGGAGAACGCGAAAGGGAAGGUGGUGCGGUGGUGGCGCCGUCGCCGCCUGUGGCAGAGGCGAAGCAGCCGACGGGGCAGGGGAAGAACAAGUGGGUGCGGGUGAGGAACACUGGGAAGACGCAGAAGGAGCUUUCGGCGUUGCAUUUGUGUCAGGAGUUUCAGGCGCAUGAAGGGUGCGUUUGGACGAUUAAGUUCAGUUUGGACGGACAUUUUCUUGCUACCGCCGGGGAGGACAAGACGAUUCACGUUUGGGAGGUGCAGGAGUGUGAGGUCAUGUCGUUGAGGCCGGAGGAAGGGAACCUCACUCCCAUUCAUCCCUCGUUGCUUUCUUCCAUGGAACGAGGAGGAGGAGCCGAGGCACCGGCCCCUCCGCCUCUAGGGAAGAAGAAGGGGAUGUUUGGGAGUAGGAGAGGGAGCGCGAUUCCGGACUAUGUCCAUGUUCCGGAAACCGUGUUCACCCUCUCCGACAAACCUUAUUGCUCUUUCCAGGGUCAUUUGGAUGAAGUUUUGGAUUUGUCAUGGUCCAGAUCUCAGCUACUUCUCUCAUCCUCCAUGGAUAAAACAGUGAGAUUGUGGGACUUGGAAACCAAGUCAUGCUUGAAAUUCUUUGCGCACAAUGACUAUGUAACCUGCGUGCAAUUCAACCCAAUGGACGAAGAUUAUUUCAUUAGUGGAUCUCUUGAUGCUAAGGUUAGAAUGUGGAGCAUCCCUUCGCGUCAUGUGGUGGACUGGACUGAUAUCCAUGAAAUGGUCACUGCUGUGUCUUACACCCCAGAUGGUCAAGGUGUUCUAGUUGGUACACAAAAAGGGAAUUGUCGAACUUACAGCAUAGAAGAUUACAAAUUAACUCAAACGGGCACAAUUGAGAUUCGAAACAAGAAGAAAUCCCAGCUAAAAAAGGUUACUGGCUUCGAGUUUGCCCCAUUUAAUCCGUCAGAAGUGCUGGUUACUUCAGCUGAUUGCAGGAUAAGAAUUGUGGAUGGUUCAGAUGUUGUUCAUAAGUUUAAAGGUUUUAGAAAUACAAACAGCCAAAUGGCAGCUUCAUUUAGUCCAAAUGGAAGACAUAUCAUAAGUGCAAGUGAGGAUUCUCAAGUGUAUGUUUGGAAACACGAAACAAGCUCGGGAAAAAGCAGAGGCGUACUUACUACUCAAUCUCACGAGCACUUCCCAUGUAAAGAUGUUUCAGUAGCAGUAGCUUGGCCUUGUACUAUUAGGGGUGAUCCACCGCCAAUGCCAGUGCAUCAUUCCAAAAAGAACUCGAAACGUUCAAUGGCAUCCUCAGACGAAACCCCCGCAAACAGCAAGAGAAUGUUGCCACCUCUUCCAAAGAAAGGUAACAGCCAUGCCUUAGAAAGCGCCUGCGCCUCACCAGAUCGCGACCCUGCAGCAAUUUCGCGUUCAGAAUCUGGAAAUGGAGAUUCUUUCGCAAACAGUAAGAGAAUGCUGUUGCCUCCUCUCCCCAAGAAAAGUAACAACCACCAGGGCACAGAAAGUGACUCAAAUCAUGUAGAUGAGGACUUUGAGGAAAUUUCUCGAACAGAUAAUGGGCUAGGUGAUUCAUUUUCUUCUGGCUCUGGAUCAAUUAGGUAUGGCGAUUCGCCUUCUAUAUCAGCUGCAGCUACUCCAUCUUGGUCUUCUUCAUAUUCAUCAUUUGAUAGUAGCCAUACUAUGGCGAAUCAUUCCUCAGCCUGGGGAUUGGUUAUUGUUACAGCUGGGUUUGGAGGUGAAAUCAGGUGUUAUCAGAAUUUUGGAUUGCCUCGGAGAAUGAGCAGGCAGGCCAAUCUUUUUGGAAACCCUACAUAACAUCUUUUUCCAUGACAAAAUUAACUUAGAAGCGUUUUUUCCUCUUCAAAGAUAUUUGAAAGGAAGGAAUAGCACAAGAUAAAAUGUAAAUUAAUUUUUUUUUUCUCAUUAGAUUGGGGUAUCAUGUGGAUUGUGGCAAUUUUGGUGUCUGUAUCCUUCUGGUUAGUAAGCCACAGAAAUAUUAGAGACAAUGCAAGAAAUGCAAAGGGAAAGGAAAAAAUAGCAAUUUUAGAUACAUCAAGCUAAUUAAGCCUUUUCCUUUUCUGUUUCUUUCGGUUUAUGUUGUUGUAGGGUAAGGAAUCUACACAAACGUGUUAGAUUGGGCAAAACAAAUGAAUAAAAAUUGACAAAUAGAAAGGGAAACAUGCAAGAAUAUAAACAUGUAUGAUCAAGUGGAUCUUUGUUCUUGUUUUGUUAAAUGUUUUGCAACAA